GACUGCGUUAAUCUGUUUGUUUUUCAAAGCGGUACAGUAAACACUGAUGCUCGCGCAAGUAAGCAUGCGUGUUUACGUCCUCCUUUAACUAAUCGAUUCUGCCUGCCAUGUGACCACGUAACCCGCUCACGCGAGCGCCGAGUUGCAUGAUCCGCUUUAAGUUAUUUAAAGUCCGCUGCUCCAGCUCGCAGUUGACACGGGAGUUGCCAUGGCGAGCGGCGGCGAGCAGAAGGUGGUGCUGAUCACCGGCUGCUCCUCCGGGAUCGGACUGCGGAUCGCCGUGCUGCUGGCCAGAGACGAACUGAACCGUUACCAUGUUAUUGCCACUAUGAGAGACCUGAGAAAGAAGGACCGGCUGGUGGAGGCGGCGGGUGACACAUACGGAAAGACCUUGACACUGCUGUCCUUGGAUGUGUGCAGUGAUGACUCAGUCAGGCAGUGUAUUGACAGUGUAAAGGACCGCCACAUCGACAUUCUCAUUAAUAACGCAGGCGUGGGUUUGCUGGGCCCUGUGGAGAGCAUCAGCAUGGAUGACAUGAAGAAAGUGUUUGAGACCAACUUCUUCGGAACUGUGCGCAUGAUAAAAGAGGUCAUGCCGGACAUGAAGAAGAGGCAAUCCGGCCACAUUAUCGUCAUGAGCAGCGUAAUGGGCCUGCAGGGUGUGGUAUUCAACGAUGUCUACACGGCCUCUAAGUUCGCCAUAGAGGGCUUCUGUGAGAGUAUGGCUGUGCAGCUGCUGAAGUUUAAUGUGAAACUAUCUCUGAUUGAGCCAGGCCCAGUGCAUACAGAGUUUGAAACAAAGAUGAUGGAAGAGGUGGCCAAGAUGGAGUAUCCAGGAGCAGAUGCAGACACGGUCAGAUACUUCAAGGAUGUGUACAUACCAUCGUCCAUCGAUAUCUUUGAGGCACUGGGACAAACCCCUGAGGACAUUGCUAAAUGCACCAAGAAAGUGAUUGAAUCCAGCCGUCCCCGAUUCCGCAAUCUGACCAACAGCCUCUACACACCGAUUGUGGCCAUGAAAUACGCGGAUGAGAGCGGAGGACUCUCAGUGCACACUUUCUACAACCUGCUCUUUAACUUCGGCUCACUUAUGCACAUCACCAUGAGCAUCCUCAAAUGCCUGACAUGCAGCUGCCUGCGCAGACGCACUAUCUCUCCUGACUGAAGAGGGCAGCAGUGAGAAGCACACGCUCCCAAUUCCCUCAGUUUACAGCAGAACGGACACAACUCAAAGCAGCAAACAAUAGAAUAUAAUACCUCAAAGGAAUAAUCCACAUUAAACACACAUGAAUCAGCUGGAUUUUUUUUUCUUCACGUAAUCAAGUGAAUUAGACAUUGUUUUAAAGUAGUAUGCUGGUUUAAGUUAUUACCAUGAUUGUCAGUUUUGGAGCAUUUUUGCAUUUACAAAAAAAUAACUAGUUCAUGAAAUCAAACCAUACACUAUAACAGACGCUCAUGAUGGUCAUGAUUGAACUGACAAAGAAUCACAUAGCUGCCUUUAUUUGUACUAAUGAUUUACAAUGUCUGUUAAACUCUGACAGAGUUAACAUUGAUGGAAUUUUCCAGCACUCCAUGUUUUCACUGUCGUAUGGUAGGAGGCACUAUUAGACGUCUUCUGAAAGAGUCUGGAUCAAAACACGACUGGCAGAGACCCAUCUGGGAAGAAGACAAGUCUGAAGCUCGGAGGGCAGAGGACUGAUGCAUUGCUGUUGCCUGAAGUUUUUUAUCGAGGACUGACUACUGAGGAGUCAAAAUAUAAACUUGGGAAGACUGAGGACUGUGAGGUUUAGUUAUUGAGAAUAAAGUAAAUUUGGGUGUUGUGGGGAACUGGGAUUUUUGACCAAAGGUCUGUAUAGGUAAGAGAUGGCAGGGAAAGAAACAGACAGUACGAGUAUGGAUUGCAGUGAGGGAGAUGAGAGGAGAGUAAAUGAGCGGGAGAGAAUGUAGAAAACUUAGAUAGCAUCGUGUAAGAUGAAUGACAAAAGGAGUAGAGAAAAAGGAAACUUGUAUUAAUUUAAUUUUAGGGGAAAAGUCUACCGAAGGAGGAGCUCUGUUUGUAAAGGCCUAUUAAAAGUUUUAUUGUAAAAUGAA